AUGCCCAGGACUUCGGAGAACAGUCUUCGAGGGUCCUCCUCUCGCCACCGUCGUUCCCGCACCUCCAGAGCCCAGCUGAUCUUUGCCGUGAGCCUGGUGGAACACCAUCUGAGGGAGGGCGGCCAUGCCCGGAGGCUGAGUGAAACAAUGCCCAUCUUCUUGGCAGCAAUCCUGGAGUUCCUCACCUGCAGGCUUCUGGAGCUGGCAGGCAAUGAGGCCCAACGCAGAGGUGCUCAGAGACGCAUCACUCCAGAGCUGCUGGAUGUGGCGGUCUACAGCAAUACGAUGCUCAGUGACUUGUUCCAGUUCAUCACCAUCUCCCAGGUGGCCCCGGCUCAUGACUAA